GUGGGGCGGGGCCUGGCGGGCGGUAUGGCGGCGGGCGGGGCGGAGCGGUACUUCACACGCUGGUACAAGCCAGACGUGAAGGGGCGGCCGUGCGAAGACUUCUGCGUCCUGCAGCACUCCAACAGAAUCUGUGUCAUCACCUUGGCAGAAGCCCAUCCUCUUCUUCAAAAUGGAAAAACAAUUACAAGCAUUAAUUACCAAAUCAGUGCCAGCUGCAGCAGACUCCAGAAUAAAGUCUCUGGGAAGUCAAAAAGGGGAGCUCAAUUUUUAACAGAGCUUGCCCCUCUGUGCAGGAUAUCGUCCUCAGAUGGGGAGGAAUACACUGUUUAUAGUUGUAUACGAGGGAGACUGAUAGAAGUGAAUGAAAACAUUCUUAGCAAUCCAACUAUUUUGCAAGAAAAGCCAUCAACUGAGGGAUACAUUGCAGUGGUUCUACCCAAAUUUGAAGAAAGCAAGAGUGUAACUCAAGGACUUCUGACGCAGAAGGAGUACGAGGAAGUGUUGUUGAAACGUCUUAAUUCUUCUUAAAUGAAAUUUACACAGCUGUGAUUUAUAUUUUAUACUAAUUAAGCUACUUCUAUUUAUACUUUAGCUGUCACGGUAUUGAAAGGUCUUGUGCCUGUUUUUAAAAGUGGAACAUUAACACUUAUUUCAUACAACAAUAAAACAAAUAGUUUGUAUA